CCUUACACUCCACCAUCUCGACCGUUCCCUCUCAAGAAACUAUCCUUCACCACCAUACCUAUUCCCUCUCUUAUUCAUUCAUCCAAUCACUCGCAAAUUAACCCCCCCCCCUCCACCAAGAAUAAUGAUGGACCAAUACUUCGCUAAGCUACAUGAGACCAUGUCCCCCCAUGUCUCGUACUAUUUGGCGCCCGUCGCGGUCCGCAUUUCCAGCGCGCCAGGCAGUCUCAUGAACGCUUACGAGAUUAUCGCUGCAACCCUCCACGUCGCGCUCUGCUACCUUGCUGGGAUCUCGAUCAACCUCGCAGCAGCCGCCUUUCUGCUUGAGGAGUAUACCCUCACCCACGUACCGGUCUGGGUGUCGUGUGUGCUGGAGAAUGUGAAUCAAGUGGCGCAGACAGCUGGGGUACUCGUAAAGGUACCUGCAUGCAAGUUCCUCUCGUUGCAUUGGCUGCUGCACUAUCGUUCGACACUACGGCCAUUGGCAGGUUGGGUUUCAUGUGCGAUUGCGACGAUUUUGAAUUCAGCCGUACCCUACGACGUGCGGUACAAAAAUAUCGCGGCGGCUUACCCCAGCCUGGAACAACUGUCACUCGCCGAUCUGUGGGCCUGCGCCGCAAAUAUCUCGCUGAUAUUUAUCCUCUUUCGUUUCCUCUCCACCGCUGCUACUUCGACAUUCGUUCGCAACCAUCUUGAUCACUUGCGCCAACUGUCUCCCCGCAUCGUCCUCUUCCCCCCCUCGCACCCCAAGCUCCGCGAUAUCAUCCACCACUUGCCUGCCCUCUCAACCAUCCCCUACCUGAUACUCGAAAUCCUGGCACUCCCGGUCUUCAUCGUCCACCAGCUCGGCUACACCAACUUGCCUCCGCGCAAGGACGGCGAAAGCAUCUACUUCCGCUACACCGCGAUCGCAGCACUAACGCCCCUGUGGAUCCUGGCCUUCGCCGCAACCAUGGUACUGUUCGUCUUCGGCAGCGUGCUCGACUUCGUCAGCCGCAACGUCAAGAAGAUGUUUGGGCAGAAGACCACCACCGACUGGCAGCAGAUCGACGUCGAGCGCGGCACGCCGGGCGUCGAGCACGCCGUGUGGAAGCCCGAGACGGCCGCGUGGAAGCCCGACACCACCACCAUUGCCGUGUCCCCCACCGGCUCCACCGACACCGACACCGACGACCAGCUGUCGCCGCUCCCCGGCGCGUGGAGCAGCGCAAAGGUCUGGGAGGACAUCAAGCGCGACAAGGGAGCGCUGCUCCGCGAGAAGGACAGCCUCGACGCCGAGAAGGCGGCAUGGCGCCUCGAGGUCGCCCGGCAGAAGGAGGAGAAGCACGCCUUCGACCUGGAGCGCCAGCGGCUGCGCGAGGAGCGCCUCGAGUUCCAGAAGCAGCAGCUGAAGCUGAAAGCCGACAUCAAGGCCAGCGCCGACGCCCGCAACGAGGUCGAGGCCAUCCUCAGGUCGUUCAUCGACAAGUCGCAGCGGAGCAGCCAGGUCAUCGGCUCCCUCAAGACGAGAGUCGAGAUGUUGCCGGUUUCCAACGGCAUCAUGCUCGGAAACCCCACGCCGCCGGCGUCCCCCAAGACCUCGAGGCCAGAGUAUGCCGACUACUCGCCGAACCCCAACAAGAGGAAGGCCCGCGCCCGGGCGGCGAUUCCUGCUUAAAUUGUAGGAACAAUGAUAAGGGAAACGGUUGACUUCUCGUUCUGGCAACGAGCAACCAAGUACCUACCGAUGUGAGG